CAGCGUAAAGAACUCUGUCCAUGUUUGUUUUUAGUUACAUUCACCCUUUGUGAAUGGUUUUGUGGACGAAUUUCAAGAAAAAUUAGUUUUCCUUCGGAAAAUUUCGCAGUUUCGCGUCCGUGAAUUUCUCUCGGUUUUGACGGUUGGGCGCUCAGUUAAAAUUUUUUUUUUACUUAUCGGGAUAAUAAAGAAUAGGAGUGUAAAAUGAAGAUUUUAAUAAUUCAGUUAUUCGCGGUCAUUUUAGUCCUUGGAACACAAGUGUCAGGAUAUCCACAGGAACGUCUCAUGCCAGAUGGAGCACCUAUUAUUAAGGACGAAACCACAUUCGAGGACUCAAUAGCAUCCGCUUCUGAGAUGGGAGAAGAUGCCUAUGACGAUGGUGACGAUUCCGACAUGUUUAUGGAACCCGAUGAGUCUGAAAUGGAACAAAGUGAAAGCCGAGCGACCCACGAGAAGGAAUCAGCAUCGAUAUCUAAAAUGGAUAGGUCAGAAUCAAAACCAGAGUUGCUUGAACCUGAAUCGACACCAGAAAAGACGCCAAAAAAACCACUCAAAAUUGUAGCAGAGAAUGCACAAAUUAGAAACGGUCACCAGCAAUCUCAUGAACAAGAUCCAGCCCCUGCUACAGUCCUAACAGUAAAAUCAAACGAACCUUCCGUUAGUGUUGUAGCAACAGUUUCUCAAGAAAAAGAUAACAAAAAGGGAGAGAUCACCGAAUCAGAGUCCAGGGAGAAGAACCUUGAUACUGAUAGCCAGAACUUCUUCCCCUCGUUUGCGGAGUUAUUUUCCAAUCAUCGACUUCCUUACACGGAGCAUCAGCAGCAGCAACAGCGGUACCGACCCAACCGAUUCCUCGGGUACUUCCAACGCGACCGCGGAAAUUACCAAGCCGCCUCUACGCAAUCAAAGGAAGCCUUGCAUCCAGUUUUGGGAUCAGGAAAUUUCGGCGUGAUUCGUGGAGGAACCUAUUAUCCUGAAGAGAAAGAAAAUGAUGAAUACUCGAUAGAUGAGUCCGUCUACAGUCCUUAUUAUCAUGGUGGCAAUGGUCGUGGAAGACAAAACUAUUACAGAAAUCCAAAACCACAACCCGUUCGAGGAGGAGACUUUUUUGCCAACUUCCGAGAUUUCGCGGACAUCACAGCACCACCCAAAUCUAGCUUCUCUCACUUAUCAGUCGUCUAUGCAAACAAGAACGGCAGCCACACAGAACGAGUUCACGAUCAACCCAGAAAUAUUUUUGAGACUCUGAGAAUGCUCGAGGAAGAAGAGUUUAAUGCAGCCACGACUACCACGACGGAAGUACCGCUCAAGAAGCUCAGCCAAGGCAAACGGAAGUUGAUAAAGAUAAAGAAAUAUCAAGAAGACAAAGCCAGGAAGUCGCGCAUGACAAUGGAACCCCUUCUGGCCCUUAGUUGAACAUUCGUAGUAGAUGAAUAAUUUUAAUGUGUACAAACGACUCGCGCGCUUCGGGAGUCAUCCCAUAAAUGAAUCUGGCCAUAAGAUCAGAACCAAAGUCUGAGUAAAGCGUCGUCAACGUCGGAAAGGUGUGACAAGUAGUAGAAGAGGUCACGCAAAGAUGGAGUGAGAGACUCAGUUUUUGCGUCGCGAAGACAAAACUAUUUUACUUAAUGACCAUAAAGAUAUCCAGCGAUGUCGGCAUAAGGUCUUAAGGACAUUUAUUAGAAAUUUGUGUCUGCUAGACACAAUCUACUCGCAUUGUAAACUUAUUUGGAAUCAACAGAGAGUCUGAUGACAUCAGCGUUAUCAUUGUGGAAUAUCGAGCAACGAUUAUUUAUUUAGAACACUAAACUCUUGAUAUUUAUUUGUUAAAUGUACGGUUAAUUACAAAUGAAGUUACUUUAUUUUUUUCUGUCAUUAUUCUCAUAUAAAAGUAAGUAUAAUCUGCUCGUAUUUCAGAUAAAAAGUGUUGAUCAGGAUAUUUAAAUUUAGUGAUUUUAAAACGUAAAAAUUUACUCAAAAAAAUGUACUUGACCUAAAAUGUAAUUAUGUUCAAGUAACCUGUCACAACGACUUUCGCAUUAUCGCAAAACGACGAUAAAGUAUUCCACGAUGUACUGUCAUGUAAUGAGCGACUUUAUUCGCAUAUGAAUGUGUCUUACAAAAAGAAUAGGCCGAGUCAGAACUGAGUAUCGAGAAAGAUCCGGUCUUCUAUCUCAAGCUCUUUACAUCUAUCGUCAAGAGAGUUGUGACACGAAAACUGUAAAGAUUCUAUGCAAAAGAAAAAGAAGUAGUUUUCUUAAUAAUUUUCUUUUCAUAUUUCUAGAAUUGUAUUUGAAAACUGAAGGACUAUGGACUGAGCUGCUUUUUGCGAAACGUAUUUUUAUACGUAAGAUAAAACGUCUUUUAGCAAGAAUUCUAUCACUUUCGAAACGUCAUUCAUAUUAUCAUAAGAUAAACUUAAAAUUCAUAAAAAGCAACGGAAUUCCUAUCUUCUUGGAGUUCUAGCGCUUCAUUUUCGAAAGCGAUUUACGGCGAAGAGCAAUCUUGAGAUCAUAAAACUUAAAAACAUAAUAAUUCGAUUUUAGAAGAACCUAAUAAAUUUUUUAUUAAUCAGGAGCAUGUUGUUUGCAUGUCCUUUAGGUAUCACAAGCUCUUUACCCUUAAUUUCACCACAUUGUUAUUUUAUUUGUUGUUGAUUAUUGUAGAAUUAAUAGUAGAUUUUACUAAACAAAAAAUGUACUUGAAAAAGCAGUGCUUCGAAAAAUAAUUGUUGGUUUUGGCGCACGAUAAAAUCACAAUAAAUAUAUUUUUAUAAACCAGAUCCCAAGACUUAUUUCCUUCUUCACUUGAAUUGUAAUAUUAUUGUGAAACAAUGAAGCAAGUGUUUACGAGCAAGGGGAUAUUUAGGAUAUUGUUUUCGUAAGAAAUUGGGCUUGCCAAUUUGAUAUAUAUCAUUUAAUCAUAUAAUUAUAAAGCUAGAAAAGAUAUUUUAGUUUUAAAAAUAUUGAUGAAAAACAUCCAUAAAUCUGUAUAUAUGUUUCUUUAAGUCAAUAAAAUUUUAUGAAAAUAAAA